CAACAACAACAACAACAACAACAACACGUGACCAUGUCAGUAUUUCAUCUUUUAAAGUUGCACAUUUGAACCCUUGAGUAAAAAAUGAGAGUUGACGUUGGUCGACUGUAUGAUGCACUAGUUUACCACUGGGUGGCGCUGAUGGGUAAGGUGUGGAGAAGUAAAAGGGAAAACACUUCAAAGAUGAAGAAAAGUUUCUGAAAAAACAAAACAAAACUAAACCAAAAAAAGGCCUGUGGUUCAUUCAUGAACAGGGAUGAAAGUAAGAGUAAAUCAAACACGAAGGUCGGGGUCGGCUUUGGUAACAAAGACUCACGGCAGCACGAGCUGGAAUGAUGGACUGGGGGAGGGGUGAGGGGGAGUGAGGGGGAGUGAGAGAGGAGCUGCAGACUCAGCUUCACUCCUCCUCUGCCAACAAACAUCUGUAGCUCAGGAGAUGGGACGCUGAUCCAGAGGGAGGGAAGGAGAGAGAGAGGGAGAGGGAGGGGUGAGAGAGAGAGAGAGAGGGAGUGAGAGAGAGAGGGGGGAGAGCCGUCAUGCCUGUGGUGGAGAUCAGUCCACAGACGAUGGCUGGUGCUGCCACUGUGUGGUGAAAGGGAAACAUCGACAACAGGAGACGACGUCUGUCUAAGGUCCACUCUGAGACUCUGGGUCCUCAGUCUGGAGCCAUGUCUCACGGCCGGAGCGGGCCGGUCCUGCUGGGUCUGGAGGUGGUCCCGCUGAUGCUGGUCAUCCUGGCGUGUGGAGCUGCAGGACAGAUGAGUGACCAGAGGGACGCCGGCUCGUCCUGCUACGGGGGCUUCGACCUCUACUUCGUCCUGGACAAGUCUGGCAGCGUCCAAAACUACUGGAACGAGAUUUACUACUUUGUCGACCACUUGGCUCACAAGUUCAUCAGUCCUCAGCUGCGGAUGUCUUUCAUCGUCUUUUCCACAGAGGGACGGACUCUGAUGCCAUUAACAGAAGACAGAGAGAGGAUUCGAUCGGGACUGGAGGAGCUGCGGAUGGUGCAGCCCGGAGGAGACACCUUCAUGGACAAGGGUUUCCAGAGAGCCAGCGAGCAGAUCUACUACGGCACUGGACACGGUUUUCGAACAGCGAGCGUCAUCAUCGGCCUGACGGACGGGGAGCUGAGGGAGAACCAGUUCGACCUGGCCCAGAGGGAGGCCAGCAGAGCCCGCCAGCUGGGGGCCACGGUCUACUGCGUGGGGGUGAAGGACUUCAAUGAGACGCAGCUGUCAACCAUUGCAGACAGUCAGGAUCACGUCUUCCCCGUCAACGAUGGGUUCGAGGCCCUGCAGGGCAUCAUCGACUCGAUCCUGAAGAGAUCCUGCAUCGAGAUCCUGGCCGUAGAACCGUCCAGUAUCUGCGAAGGAGAGUCUUUCCAGGUCGUGGUCAAAGGAAACGGUUUCCUCCACGCCAGAGAUGAACAGAAGGUUCUGUGCAGCUUCCGCAUCAACGACACGGUGACGAUAAUGAAACGGCCUCUGGCGGUGAGAGACACCUAUCUCCUGUGUCCGGCUCCUGUUCUGGAAAAAGAAGGAACGUCGGCGACUCUCCACGUCAGCCUGAACAACGGCCUGAGCUUCAUAUCCAGCUCAGUCACGAUAACUGCCAUCACCUGUUCCGACGGGACGUUUGUGGCCGUGGCGCUGCUCAUCCUGCUGCUGCUGCUCGCCAUCAUUCUGCUCUGGUGGUUCUGGCCUCUGUGUUGCACCGUGGUCAUUUACGAGCCUCCUCCUCCUGUGAUAGAAGACGACUCUGAGGAUGAAGAUGGUUUCCCUAAGAAGAAAUGGCCGACGGUCGACGCCUCCUACUACGGAGGGCGCGGCGUUGGAGGCAUCAAAAGAAUGGAGGUCCGCUGGGGAGACAAAGGCUCCACGGAGGAAGGAGCCAAACUGGAAAAAGCCAAAAAUGCCCGGGUGGUGAUGCCGGCCGAGGAGUUUGAGUCCCCGCCGCCCAGGCCCUGCUACAACACGCACAAAACCAACCGCCCUCAGAAGUGGUAUUCUCCCAUCAAGGGGAAACUGGACGCUCUGUGUGUUCUUCUGAGAAAAGGCUACGACAGAGUGUCGGUGAUGCGUCCUCUCCCAGGAGACAAGGGUCGCUGCGUCAACUUCACCCGCAGUAAAUCCUACCAGGGUCCGCGCUACCCCAUCUACCACCACCCGUCUACGCCCGUCUACUCCCUGCCUCACGCCUACCAACACGACCCACCAGACGGCAGCCACUUCUCCAACGUACCCCCAUCGCCGACGUCCAUACUGCCCCCGCUGCCCUCCACGCCGCCUCCGUCCUCCAGCGGCCCGUUGACGUACACGCCACCUCCGGACAGAGCCGCGUCCCUCGACAACAACCUGCGCUCCAUCUCCGUCCCACCUUCUCCAACUGGCUCUCUGCCCCCCCCACCUCCGGGGCCUGCUCCCAGCAGAGCGCCCCCUCCGUCACGGCCUCCGCCGCGGCCCAGUCAGGACGUGAACUGAGGCUGAGUUUUUUUUUUUUUUUUACUGACUGAUUGUAUAAUGAAGCCGAUUGUUACAAAUAUGCAUGAAAACAACAGAAGGUCCAGUGUGUAAGACCAGGUGACGACCAGGUGACCACCAGGUGAUGACCAGGUGACCACCAGGUGACCACCAGGUGACCACCAGGUGACGACCAGGUGACCACCAGG